AUGCCGUCGGUUCCUCGCGUCGAUCGUCUCAAACCAAUUUACACCGCUGCCAAGGCUCUCAAUUUCGGAUGGCGCUUUUCAGACUUUCUGAAAAUUCCUGCGUACAACGGGAUCUCUCGCUACACGAACCAACUGCAUCGUAUCACUGUGAGAUUUUGCAAACAAAGCGAGUCCAGUGUUGGCAUGAGAAAUUUCAUUGAGAAUAAACUCGACGAAAUCGGACGGAGAAAUCCAUCUGUCGUGAUCUACGCUCAACCAGUACGAAACUCGAAUCCAUCAAUCCGUGCCGAAUAUGGAAAUGGAAGAACUCUUCAGAUCAAUGCCAAAAACAUGUCCGAAUCAGAAGUGAGCAAAGACAUUCAUCUGCUUUUCUCAAGGAGUGGAGAACCUGUUGUCAAGUUGGAGAGCCGUCAGAGUGCUCUUGUUCCAUCUGUACAAGGCCAAUGGACACCGAUCACUUGGCUUCCAACCGCGAUGAAUACAGAACAACUACCGGCAAAAAAAUUCUCAGAGCACAAAUCAACAGCUACAUCAGCCACAGAGUACAUUCUCCAGAAUCCACCUAAAUAA